AUGAAGCAGGGUGACAUGUCAGUGUCCGACUAUGCUGCAAAGUUUAUGGAGCUGGCUAAGUUUUAUCUGCACUACACUGCUGAGAACGCUGAGUUUUCCAAGUGCAUCAAAUUUGAAAGUGGCUUGCGUGCUGAGAUCAAGCGGGCAAUCGGAUAUCAGAAGAUCCGUAACUUGACUGAACUAGUGAGCAGUUGCAGAAUCUAUGAGGAGGAUACCAAAGCACAUUACAAAGCUGUAAGUGAAAAGAAGAGUAAGAAUCAACAGAGUCGUCAUAAGCCUUACAACGAUUCCGCUGAUAAGGAUGAACAAAAAGUGAGUGAUGAGAAGAGACCUAAGAGGAAAGAGGCUCCUACUGAAAUUGUCUGUUACCGAUGCGGAGAGAAGGGUCACAAGAGUAAUGCUUGUACUGAGGUGAAGCGGUGUACCCGUUGUGGCAGAAAAGGACAUACGAUUACAGAGUGUAAGCAUGAAGAUGUUGUGUGUUUCAAUUGCAAUGAAGAGGGUCAUAUUGGAUCGCAAUGCGAGAAACCUAAGAAGACUCAAACUAGUGGGAGGGUAUUUGCUUUAGCUGGUACUCAGACAGCGAAUGAGGAUCGUCUGAUUUGA